AUGCCUGUAAAGUCCGAGUCCCCCCUAGUCAAAAAUAUUAGUUCCUUGUCCCUGAAACCGGGCAGCAUAGCGAGUUUGGAACUAUCGAAACAUGGAAACAGGUUAACGACACUAGAAAAAACAUUUGUGCCAGUGGCGACGCUACUAUCAAGCCUGAGAAAGGACGCACAUAACGAAAAAUACGAAUCAAUAUCAAGGAACAUAAAUAGAAUAACGAAAACACGCGAGGAAUUUGAGAUGCCAAAGGUGUUCUCGUUCGAUGAGUUGAGUCAGGUAACAGGAGGCGUGAUAAAAGGAUCAGAUAAAAAUUCGACCAGAGCAGAAGGCAUUACGGCACAGCUGGACGUCGAAAAAAACCAACUGGUAACAGUGUUCGGCUGGUGUAAGAGCAUAAGAAAGCAGGACGGAGGAAAGCUGCUGUUCGUUAUCAUCAACGACGGAAGCUGCAAGGCAAACCUGCAGGUGGUGGUACACCAAGGAGCAAGAGGAUUCGAACAGGCCUCAAAGUCGCACUCAGGAGCCUCAGUGAGAGCACGAGGCUUCCUGGUGGACAGGUUCAAGGGAGUGACGGAGAACGGAGCGGAAAGUAAAGCAGCCGCAGAAGGCGCGGAGGACUACGAGCUGCUGGAAGCAGUGAGCAACAAGUUUGAAGUGCACGUGACGGAGGUGGAGACGAACUCAGUGCAAAUACUGGGAGUGAACAUGUACCCGAACAAGUACACGAUCAGCAAGAAGGGCGUGACGCUGGAGCACCUGAGAGAUAUGGCACACCUGAGGCCGAGGAGUUACCAAAUCUCGGCGACAAUGAGGAUAAGGAGCUCCCUGGCGCUGGCAAUACACCUCUUCUUCCAGUCUAUCGGCUGCAACUACCUUAACUCGCCAAUCAUAACGACGGCGGACUGCGAAGGAGCAGGGGAACUCUUCCAGGUGACGACGCUGCUGGAGAACGUGAACAAGCUGUCGGAUCUGUCGGAAAAGAUGGCGGCGGGUGACGCCAAGGCCAGCGCCGAAGCCGACGCAGCUGUUGGCAGCAAUCACUCAGAAGUAGUUGGUGGUAGCAGUGGUACCACUGCCACUGCGAGUACUGCUGGUAACACCGUUACCGAUGGUGUUACUACUAGUGCUACCGAUGGAGCCACUACCAGUGUUACUGAUGGGACAACCACCAGUGCCAGUUUUGCUGUUGGUGACACUAUUGUUGCCGGUCCUGCCACCGCUGCAGGUACGCCUCGCACAAAUGCUGGCGGAGCUCCCACUAAAAGCAGCAUGAUCGCCAACGCCAAAGUGACCUAUAAGAACGACUUCUUUAAAAAGAAAAGUUACCUCACGUGCAGUGGACAGCUGAGCGCAGAAAACUACUGCUGCAGCAUGGGAAGCGUGUACACGUUCGGACCAACCUUCAGAGCGGAAAACUCGCACACGUCGAGGCACCUGGCGGAGUUCUGGAUGAUAGAGCCUGAACUGGUGCUGGUAGACCUGCCAGGACUGAUGAGUCUGACUGAGCAGUUCAUCAAGUUCCUGGUGUCCUACGUGCUGGACCACUGCUACGACGACCUCGACUACCUCAACACCAAAGUGGACAGCACACUGCUGGAGAGACUGAAGCACGUGGCAGACAAGGAGUUCGCACACGUGUCGUACACGAAGGUGAUAGAGAUCCUGACGGAAGUGGUGGAGGAAACCAAGGACAAACCUAAAUUUGAAUACAAUAACAUAUUUUGGGGAAUGGACCUGCAGAGUGAACACGAACGUUACAUCAGCGAGGAAGUGUUCAACGGGCCAGUGAUCAUAUACAACUACCCGAAGACGAUCAAGGCGUUCUACAUGAGAAAAAACGAAGAUAAGAAGACAGUAGCAGCAAUGGACCUUAUCAUACCGAAAAUAGGGGAGUUGAUAGGUGGAUCACAACGUGAAGAGAGGUUGGACUACCUGAUGGAGUCAAUCAAGGAAAAUAAACUCAAUGAAGAGGACUACUGGUGGUACCUGGAGCUGAGAAAGUACGGAACAGUGGUGCACUCAGGCUUCGGACUGGGUUUCGAGAGGUUAAUCAUGAUGGUGACAGGAGUGAACAACAUCAGAGACGUUAUACCGUUUCCACGAUACCCAGGACACUCAGCAUUUUAA